AUUUCAACGGUUCAUGUAUGUUUGGACAAAGUUGCCUUCAAGACGAGUCUAGAGGUAGGCACACUACUUUAUUUAGCAAAGAAAAUGCAGAAGCUAUUGAUACUUUUCUUCUUUUUGUGUUUGAUUUACACCGCCGAUUCAUGCAUGGAUUGCAGGAGAAAUGGUGUAAGUUAUAGGAGUAACAGCGACUUUAGCUUUGAUGAGGGGUGUUACCGCUUCAAUUGUCAAUGUAACUGUGACGGAUCAUGGAACUGCCCGUCUUUCAGGACCCAAAACAUUUGCCGAAAUCCCUCAGUUUCGAAUCGAUGUCAAAAAUGUCAAAGAAAAGGGGUAGAGUACCCAGGAAACAGUGACUUUAGUUUUGAUGAGGGGUGUUACCGCUUCAAUUGUCAAUGUAACUGUGAUGGUUCAUGGGACUGCCCCUCUACGAGGACACAGAACAUCUGUCGACGCCCACAAGUUCCAGAUAGAAGCUGUCCGGGAUGUACAGUAAAAGGGAGAAACUACCCUGCCGGGCAAUUCUACUAUGACGACGUCUGCCUCAGAAUUUUCUGUGAAUGUGAUUGUAACGGGUCGUAUAAGUGCUCUUCCGAUAUGAACAUUUGCUAA